UACAAAGCCCGGCGGCCCCGACCGCUGGGAAAGACCGAUAAACUUUGAGUGGACCCAGAGAGAAGACAAUCUCUCUCUUUGUGCUGAGGGGGCUCCGGGGUGGUCGCGGACCUGGGCUCUGAGCGCUGGGAAGGGGAAGUGGAGGUCUCUGAAAGAUGAAUUUGGCUGAAAUUUGUGACAACGCAAAGAAAGGAAGAGAAUACGCACUUCUUGGAAAUUAUGACUCAUCGAUGGUAUAUUACCAGGGGGUGAUACAGCAGAUUCAGAGACACUGCCAGUCCGUCAGAGACCCAGCUGUCAAAGGCAAAUGGCAGCAGGUUCGACAGGAAUUAUUGGAAGAAUAUGAGCAAGUUAAAAGUAUUGUCAGCACUUUGGAAAGUUUUAAAAUCGACAGAGCCCCAGAUUUCCCUGUGUCCUGUCAAGACGAACCAUUUAGAGAUCCUGCUGUCUGGCCACCCCCUGUACCCGCAGAACACAGAGCUCCACCUCAGAUAAGGCGUCCUAAUCGGGAAGUAAGACCGCUGAGGAAAGAAAUGCCCGGAGGAGGAGGCCGGGGACCUGUGGGCCGAGCACAUCCCAUAUCGAAGAGUGAGAGGCCCUCUGCGAGUAGGGACAAGGAGUGCAGAGCGAGAGGGAGAGACGACAAGGGAAGGAAAAAUAUGCAAGAUGGUACAAGUGAUGGUGAAAUUCCAAAAUUUGAUGGUGCUGCAUAUGAUAAGGAUCUGGUGGAAGCCCUUGAGAGAGACAUCAUAUCUAGGAAUCCAAGCAUUCAUUGGGACGACAUAGCAGAUCUGGAAGAAGCUAAGAAGCUGCUAAGGGAGGCUGUUGUUCUUCCUAUGUGGAUGCCUGACUUUUUCAAAGGGAUUAGAAGGCCGUGGAAGGGUGUGCUGAUGGUUGGGCCGCCAGGCACUGGUAAGACCAUGCUCGCUAAAGCCGUCGCCACCGAGUGUGGCACAACGUUCUUCAACGUCUCCUCGUCCACCCUGACGUCUAAAUAUAGAGGUGAAUCUGAGAAGUUAGUCCGUCUCUUGUUUGAAAUGGCUAGAUUUUAUGCCCCUACCACGAUCUUCAUUGAUGAGAUAGAUUCUAUCUGCAGUCGAAGAGGAACCUCUGAUGAACACGAGGCAAGUCGCAGAGUCAAGUCUGAACUGCUCAUUCAGAUGGACGGAGUCGGAGGAGCUUUAGAGAAUGACGAUCCCUCCAAAAUGGUUAUGGUCCUGGCCGCUACUAACUUCCCGUGGGACAUCGAUGAAGCUUUGCGCAGGAGGUUAGAGAAAAGGAUAUACAUACCUCUCCCUACAGGUUUUUUGGCUCCAGACAACUCUUUACUGAUAUUUCUAAAUUUCCAGGUGACUUGUUAAUAAAAACAGGAAAAAUAGUCAGGUAAUGUCAUCCAGUUUAUUCUUUUUAUUUUACCUCUCUCGUUUCUCGAUUGACUUUAUUUUAUAUGUAUAGAUGUAACCUAGGUUCUGCCUUGUCACCAGCAGAGUGUAGGUUUCUGUCACUUGGAAGUCACAACAGACAGGGAGUUAAUACAGCCAUUCUCCUCCUGUGAAAGGACUCCCACUUGGUUUUCAAACCUGUAAAUGAGCUUCAGUUUUACGGCCUCUGAAAUGACUAAAUAUUGCCCUUUGGAAAACCUGAAUCUUUGCACACAGCAUUUCCAGAGUCUACUACCUCAGUUAACCAGGCUUAGUUUUAGGUGGGAAGGAAUUGAAACCAGACUGCAAUUCAGUUCAUCAGCUAUGCAGGCUUGUUUGUUUAAGCACUUCCUUCUCUCGUCUCUCACUAACUUUUUUUAAGGCUGCGAUUUUAAUUGAAAAUAUCUGUUGUUCUCCCUUGGGCAGAGCCCGGUGGUCCACGCUGAGCUCUGUAAAGUGUCCGAGCUGGUCUCCCCUGUUGUUGUAACCAGCUCCACCCCUUAGAUGUGCUUCAUUUCAAGGAGCAGUUUUAGACCCAGCACACCUCCUCCCGUUUUUUCAUAGCUUCAUUAAUGCAGACUCAUGGGACAGCAUUAAAAACCUUGGGACCUAACUGUUGCCUGUGCCCUUUCUCCAAGGACAUACAUACUUUGUGAAAACACACAGAGGUGGACACGGGUCUGCUCACGUGGGUGCAGCAGCAGUGCAGUGGGGGUGGCCUCUGGUUCACACUGUGUAGACAGUGUCCAGCGAGACCACUGUGUGUUAUGAUGGUCUGUGUUUUGCUAAGAUCUUUGUUUCAGUGUAUGCCUCCCAGUAUUUUGAACCUAAGUUGAAGAAAAAGAUGUUUCUAAAUUGUGUUUACUAACCAUGCUUUUCUUUACGUUUUGUGUGGCUACAUUGCUGGUCUCCUGAGCUUAGCUGUGUCUGUGCACAGGCUGUAAUUUGGUAAUAAAUUUCUAGAGUGUUGCGUGUCAGUGUUUUCUUUGCGGUUCAUGUUUGAUCUACAGUCGCUGGUCCACUUAACUGCUGCCAGCUGGGAGUGUCAGACCCCUUCACUAGUGAGGGAUGGCUCUUUCCAGAGUUUUAGUUCUUAUAAAAUCACAUACUGUAACCCUGACCAAAAAUGUGUUUGCUGUGCAUUAUGCUAAUAAUUUCAAGGCUGAUGCAGGUAAGAUAAGUGUGGGUUUUCUAUGAAUUCUACCUGGCUUAAUAAAUACCCCUGUCUCAUUUGUGUAGCCCCAUUGCAAAGUGGGUGUUCUGUAAGGGGAACUUUCCAGAUGACUGUGCCUUAUUUUAGGAACCCCCCAAAAUGAUUUUUUUAAUUUAUAGACUAUGUUUUGAGCAGUUUUAGGUUUUCAGGAAAAUUAAACCUAUGUGUGAGGUGAGUUCUCAUCUUCCUCCCCCUCCCCCCAUUUCCCCUUUUAUUAAUAUCUUGCUUUAGUGUGAUGCACUUGUUUAUACUGUAACUGAAUCAGUAUUGAUACAUUAUUAUUGCUGAAGUUCAUGGUUUACAUCGCAGUUCAUUGGGUUUGGAUAAAAGUAUAAUGUCCUGGAUCCACCAUUACAGCGUCACACAGAAUAGCUCCACCGAUCCAGCAUCCCCACCGGCUCUGCCUCUUCAUCUCUGCCCCUCCUCCUAACUGCUGGCGACCUUUCUACUGUCCCCACGGUUUGCCUUUUCCAGCAUGUCAGUCAGUUGUAAUCACACAGUAUGUACCCUAUUGAGACAGGCUUCUUUCACUUAGCGAUAUGCAUUUAAGGUUCCUCCUUGUCUUCUUGUGGCUUGAUAGUUCAUUUCUUUUCUUUUUUUUUAAUAUUUUACUUAUUCAUCAUUGUAUUGCUUAAUUAUUUGGCAGGGGGGGAUAAUUAGGUUUAUUUAUUUUUAGAGGAGGUACUGGGGAUUGAACCCAGGGCCUCGUGCCUGCUAAUAAGCAUGUGCUUUACCGCUUGCGCUGUACCCUCCCCCUAUAGUUCAUCUCCCUUUAUCAUGGAAUAAUGCCCCAUCAUACGGAUGUACCGGUUUGUUUACCCAUUCACCUAUGGAAGGGCAUGUUGGUUGCUUCCAGGUUUCAGCAAUUAUGAAUAAAACUGCUGUAAACAUUUCUGUGCAGGGUUUUGCGUGGACAUAAGUGUUCAACUCAUGUGAGUAAACACCUGAGAGUACAGUUGCUGGAAUAUAUGGUGAGAGUAUGUUUAACUGUAAGAAAUGGCGGAACCGUCCUCCACAGCGGCUGUACCAGUUUGUGUCCCGACCAGCAGUGAACGAGCCCCUGUCGUUCCACCCUCUCGAGCAUUUGGAGCAUUUGGUGUCGUCUGGGCUCUGAUUGUGCCAUUCUCAUGGGUGUGUUGUGGGUUCGCAUUGUUGUUUUAAUUUCUCAAAAUGUUCUCUAAUUGACGUGAUGUUCAGCAGCUUUUCAUAUGUUCAUCUGUUUUUUAAUUGGUUCUUAUUGAAACUUCGCUAAAAGAUACCACACUUGUUCUCUGAUUUUGUAAAACAGAAUCUGAACGCAACCUUUUCUUUGUGACUGAGUUCUCCUUGUGAUGUGCUGCCCUCAGCAGCAGUGCAGGGGCGCAGGGCUGUCACUAAGUGGUCUGUGAAUUUCGGUGUUUGCCUUUAUAGCAUUUUUACUCUUCUGUUACCAGGCUGUCAACCUCUAUUUCUCUUCCAGUUUCUAACCUCCAGUCUAACCUAGUGACGAGGAAACAGUCCGGGCUUGUUAGAAUCGUGGGGAAACUAGGAGUUCAGCCUCUGGGGGAAGGAGUGAUGGGAGAUCAGUUCUGGGGACAGUGGUGUCUGUGUCAUUUCUCUUGGCUAUCUGUGGCCUUCCUAGCUUCAUCUGGUUCCCAGAGAGUUCCAGGUAGACCAAGUGUGAAGUAGAUGUCUCUGCAUAAUUACUUGUCGUGCAGUUGUAUCAUAUUUGUAGCUGGAAGGCACCUGGCAACAAUGGCAUCCCAUGGCUCCACCUUCAUUUCUUGCUGUGACCAGUGAGGAUUUGAUCUCUUAAAGGGAAUAAAGGAAAAGAAUGAGGGGCAGAAUUAAUCAGGGACAAAAACAGAACGCAUGUGCGGCUGGAGCCUUCCCUUCAGUCCUUUCUGCUCUCUAUGCCGUGUGCUGCCUGUGCCGACUGGCUCCUGUGGCUGGGCGUACUUGGGUGCUGGGUGAACCUGGGUCCCGGGGCAUUUGCCCACAGCGAGGGCUUCAGUUGGAAACUGCAAGGAAGCAUUGGCCAGCAGGGGUCAGCUGCUGCCUUGCAGGGGGUUGAGCAGAAAGGCAGGGUGGGCACCAGUCUCACCUGGCUGAUUCCAUCAGCUCAGGCUCAGAUUUGGGGGCUGAUGCCGACGUGCCUUCCUGCCUGCCUGCUGGAUGCCACCGCCAGCUGCACCUGGCCCGGCCGACUCGCGUUCACCUGGGCUUCCUCCCGCUCGUACAGCUGUCGCUCCGCCCCCACCCGCCAGCGCAGGUGGGAAAAGGAGUCAACGGAGAGAGCCUGUGUGUUCAGUGCCUCCUUCCUGUCCUCUGUGGGGUCGUAAAAGUCUUAUGGCCAAGUCUUCCCUAAUUUUCAUUUUUCUAAGAUCUUCUCAGGACCUUUCCUGUAAGUCUUCAGAGACUCAGCAGCCGCCUGAGUCAGUGAGACGUGAAACUGGGAACAAGUGACUUGGUCCCCUCGUCCUACAGGUGAAGGAACUGAACCCAGGCAGGGUUUAGGAUAGGUGUUCAGGAUCCCACUCUGAACUGGGAAACAGGACUUGCAUCCGUUUCUCAUCUUGAAGAAUGCUGCACAGAAGGUGUAAGGAAAGCCAGUGAGACAGCAGAAAGUUUGCCGAGGGCCUCUCGGCCUCUGAAGCACGAUGCCAGUACAGACGAGUCACCCAGGCUGGUCAGUAGGAAUGAGAAACAGCAGGCGAACUGGCGUCGUAGGACUGGAGCUGACACUCACCGUGUUUGCUGUUUGCUAGAUGCUUUACUUCUGUUGCUCUGUUAGAUCCACUCAUUAGUUCCAAGAUACAUUUACUAUUACUCUCUUCACAGAAGAAGAAACUGAGGCCUACAGAGUGAUGCGCUCUAGUCGUUUGGCUCCUGAGAAGCAAAGCGAUGGAACCUAAGUCAGUUUAGUCCCAGAGCCUAGUCCUUUGCCAUGUUCCGAGGUUACUUUCAACGGUGUUAAAUGCAAAAGUACUGAAUUCUUGAAGUAAAUAUGUCAACAUUCA